AUGAAACGAUCCCACGAGAGUACCAACCAAGGGGCUCCUGACGCAAGCAAGAAGCAACGCAUCUCCUCACCUUAUAGCGACAUGUAUUCUCAAUACUCGGCCAUGAACCCAGCAGCAGCUGCCAUGAUGAUGGGAUCACAAUAUCCAGCCAACAUGUUUUCACAAGCGAAUGCAGCAAGCACAAAGGGCUUUGUUAAUCAGUUCAACAAUGGCAUGUAUAGUGCAAUGAGUGGUUAUGGUGGGGCAGCAGCAGCGGCAGCAGCAGCAGCACAAGGCAUGCUUCGAUCACCAAAUGCUAUCGGAGUAUCAGCAGCAGGGGCCAAUGGCAACACCAACACAAUGAUGAGUAACCAGGGCAACAACAGCAAUACCGUUGCUAGCAACAAUGGUCAUGAAAUGAGUCGCACCAUCUACCUUGGCAACGUAUCAAAAGAGUUGACAUCCACCGAUAUCCUCAACUACGUCAAAUCAGGGACAAUUGAAUCAUUCCGCAUGCUGCAUGAAAAGAGCUGUGCCUUCAUCUCGUUCUUGGAUCCAUUAUCAGCACAAUUGUUUUAUCAAGAAUACGCCAACAAACCAUUAUCCAUCAACGACCACGAGCUCAGGAUUGGAUGGGGUAGAGCACAAUCAGUACCUGACAAUGUACAAUUUGCAGCCCAAAAUGGAGCGACUCGCAACGUGUAUCUUGGCAAUUUGGAUGAAACGGUGACGGAGGAAUCGUUGCGUUCAGAUUUGGGGAAAUUUGGCGAGGUGGAGCAUGUACGAGUGAUUCCAGAAAAGCGUAUUGCCUUUGUACACUUUACAUCCAUUUAUUAUGCCGUCAAGUGUGUGUCAUCAUUACAACAAGAUCCAGCUUGGUUGUCUCGACGUAUCAACUAUGGCAAGGAUCGAUGCUCCUCUCGCAGCUCAUCAACAUCCACGCCUAGCAUGGAUCAACAACAACAAUAUGGAUUCACUUUCCAACAUCCGUUCCGCGGAACAUUUGGAUUCGAUUCUUACGGUGGUGCUAAUAGCGGUAGUGCAGCAAUGAUGUCUCAGGCAGCAGCUGCUUAUGGUAUGGCUGGUGCUGGUGCAAACAAUCCGGCAGCGUCAUUACGAACACUUUAUCUUGGCAACAUUCCCUCUGAAGCUACUUGUGAAGAUCUGUGCAACUCGAUCAGGGGCGGUGUCUUGUUCCAAAUCAGGUAUCUUACCGACAAGCAUAUUGCUUUUGUUACCUUUAUCGAUGCCAAUGCUGCCAUGAACGUUUUCAACCAUGCUUGUACUGUUGGCAUUGUGGUCAAGGCGAAAAGGUUACGAGUGGGAUGGGGCAAGCCAUGCAAUAUACCAACAUCCGUAGUGGUAGCUGUACAAAAUGGUGGCGCUUCACGCAACAUUUAUAUCGGUGGCAUUGAGGAGGAUUUUGAUGAAGAAAAGCUUCGAAGCGAUUGGUCUGAAUAUGGCGAGAUUGAACUCAUCAAUGCUUUACGAGAAAAGAGCUGUGUCUUUGUCAACUUUACGCAUAUCAACAAUGCCAUGAAAGCCUUGGCUGCUAUGAAAGAACAUCCUGUGUACAAGAAAUACAAGAUCAAUUACGGCAAAGAUAGAUGUGGCAAUCCCCCAAAGAAAUUUUUGCAAGCAACCGGAUCACAGCAACAGCAGCAACAAGGCACACAAUACCCAGUGAUUCCUGAUCAGUAG